UAUGAUGAAAUAUCCAACAAGAGUAACACUACAAUUUAUUUGCAAAUUAAAACUCCAAAAGCCUCCAAAAGACAGCAAGUUUAUUUCUAUUGGAAGCAAACAGAUAACACCAAAAAUGAGGCAAUCUGCAUCUCAUGCAACACAAAGAAUCCUCACCAGUAAAACAAAUUCAUCCUCCUAAAAAAUGGGCUGGCCACCAAAAAUCAAAAUCCUCACCAUGCAUGUAUCCAAGAAAACUUCAUUCUCUUCCUCUCUCUCUCUCUCUUUCCAAGAAUCAAAUCUUCCACUUUCUUUCACCUCCAUCUUCAUUAGCAUAGUCUAUCCAAAACAUGGGUUCACAAAUUCAUGUAAUGUUCCUUCCCUAUAUGGCUCCAGGCCACAUGAUGCCAAUGAUAGACAUAGCUAGGCUAUUUGCUGCAAAUGGUAUUAGAGUCACCAUCAUCACCACCACAAUGAAUGCCAUUCGAUUCAAGAAUUCCAUUGAAAGAGAUAUCGAAUCUGGUCGAAACAUUUCUCUAGAAAUCCUUCGUUUCCCUUCUAAAGAGGCUGGCCUGCCCGAAGGCUGUGAAAACUUAUCCUCCACACCGACACCAGAAAUGACGAUAAAACUCUUCCGUGGGAUAGCAUUGCUUGAACCUCAGAUUAAGAUGCUAUUUCGAGAACACCGUCCAGAUUGUAUUGCCUCCGAUUAUCUCUUCUGGUGGACUAUGGAUGUUGCUACUGAACUUGGAAUUCCAAGGCUUGCCUUUAGUGGCAGUAGUUUCUUUAAUCUCUCUGUUGCCAAUAGUAUUGAAUGUUAUCGACCUCAUGAUUCUAUUUCUUCUGAGACGGAAACAUUUGUGGUUCCAGGCUUGCCAGACCAAGUAGAACUCACAAGAUCACAGCUGCCAGAUCUUGUGAAAAGCAGGACGGAAUUCUCUGAUCUAUUUGAUAAGUUGAAAGAGGCCGAGAGAAAGAGCUUUGGGUUGUUAAUGAACAGCUUUUAUGAGUUAGAAUCAGCCUAUUCUGAUCAUUUCACCAAAGUUACAGGAAUCAAAGCUUGGCAUUUAGGCCCUGUAAAUUUGUUCAAUAGAGGCGUUGAUGAUAAAGUCCACAGAGGAGAUAAGGCUACUAUCUGCGAGCACAGCUGCCUGAAUUGGCUUGAUUCCAAGGAACCAAAUUCUGUGCUUUAUGUCUGUUUUGGAAGCCUGACAAGAUUCAGCAAGGCUCAGAUAUUAGAAAUUGGUAUUGCACUAGAAGAUUCAAGCUACUCAUUUAUAUGGGUAGUGGGAAAAGUUUUGAAAUCCUGGAAAGAAGACAAUGAGAAUAAUAAUGAGGAUCAUGAGCGGCAGGAAGAGUGGUGGUUGCCUGAAGGAUACGAGGAGAGAUUGAAGGAAAAUGGCAAAGGACUUGUCAUAAAAGGAUGGGCUCCUCAAGUUCUGAUAUUGGAUCAUCCAGCAAUCGGAGGAUUCUUGACUCACUGUGGCUGGAAUUCCAUUCUUGAAGGGUUAUGUGCAGGUUUGCCUAUGGUCACAUGGCCCAUUUUCGCAGAACAGUUUUAUAAUGAGAAGCUGGUAACCCAAGUACUAAAAUUUGGAGUGCCUGUUGGAAAUGGGAUGUGGAAAGUGUGGGCAACUGAGGAAUCGACAUUGAUAAGCAGAAGCAAGAUUGAGAGGGCAGUAAGAAGGGUGAUGGGUGAUGGAGAUGAAGCAAGAGAGAUGAGAAAAAGAGCAAGAAGACUAGCAGAACGGGCUAAAAUGGCAGUGGAAGAAGGUGGAUCAUCUUACAAUGACAUGAAGUCUCUGAUUGAGGAUAUCAGAAUGCACAAAUGCAUAAAAGAGAAAGCAAGGAGUAUUGAAGGUAAUCAUUCAUCACUAGAGCUAGAAAAGCACCAUCAAGAAGUAACUGCACCUUGAAUUAGUGUCUGCAAAAUAGGAUUUAAAUGUUCAUAUUGGUCAGAGAAAUGGAGAGAGAUUUAAAAGAAAUUAAGAGAUACAAAAGACAAAAUGUACGGUGCGAACUAACUAUACCUGGAUCCCACAUAUUUAUAUGUUGGAUCUAGAUAAACUAAUUUUAGGCAAUAAUUUUCCUAACAGAUGUUAUGAUUCAGGAUAAAUUCUGAAUAUGUGAAAAUUUAGCAGGUGUUCAUGCAAAAGAAAGA